AUGAAAACAACUGGAAUAGUCGGUUUUCAAGAGUUCAGUCUAAAUGAGGGGAACCGUUAUAAGUUUCCGUUGAAUCACGGUGAAACCGCAAAAAGGGUUAUACAAGAUCGUAAUCUUUGUAGCCCCAGUUCUGUCAAGAAAUCUCCGCAGCCGGAUAAGAUAAUAGAUCUUACUAUCGACGAAGAAGGAGAAGAACAAAUUAGUGUCGACAAAGGAUCUAAUGAUAUGAAUGAAAAUAUCUCAAAAUCCAUUUUGGACAACCCAAGUAAGCAUGAUGAACUAAAGGAGAAAAUUGACACAGCUGAUAAUGAAGAAGAUAAUGCAGCUAAAACUGAACGUAGCCAAAAUAAGCACAAAGACAGAGGUAGAAAAAGAAAACGAAGGUGUCAAACAACAUAUCGUGAAAGCUUGAGCAAGUACGGUGCCGAGGGAUGUGACAGUGAAAGAACUCUGUGCAACAGUUGUAACAAUAGCAAGGUUGACAAUCGAAAUGAUGGAAGUGUACAAAAAUUAUGGGACAAGAGUAAUAACAGCAGUUCGAGUAAAGACGAAAUGAGCCAAAUUACAGAAGACAGGAAUCAAACCUUAAGUAGCAUCGGUGUUGUCCAUGACGCGAGUAGUGUGUUGGACUCGACGUAUCGUGCGAACAAGAUUACGACACUUAAAGCCAGACUAGCCAAGCAAGAAGAAGAGCUUGCUAGGCUUAGAACUCAGAAGGAAAGAUUACACGUCCAAUCAAACCAUAAAACCUUAGAUACACGUGACAAGUGGUUCUCAAGCCUGGCAGAUUCAUGUGCAAAAACCGAUAUGGAACAAAAGCAAAAUUUUAAAACAGUGAGUGUAGAUGACAUAUGUCAACACGUGUUAAAAUCAUUUGAUAUUUUUAAUGCUCGCCGGUUCAGGAACAGAAAAAAGGAAAAGGCGGCGCCGCAGUCUCCUAACAAUACUUGCGUGGUUAAUCAAGAUGGCAAUGAUAUCUGCUUCCAAACUGAGCAAGAUGAAUUUCUGUCGCGAGUUGGUUUGAAAAGAAGGUGUAUGAAAAGAAAUUGA